UUUGUUGUGAGGGUCGGUUGUCAAGCAGCCGCCAAUCAGGGCAGGAGAUGGAGGCAAGUGGGGGUCGCGCUGGGAGCGGAGCUUCGGCCUCCCGAGCCGCUGCUGCAGCCCAGUGUUGAGCUGAGAUGGCUCAAGUCUGAAAUUCCAUGAUCCCAGAUCCCAACGGAUGUGCACAGGCUGCUGCUGUGGAUGGUUUAAAGCCACAAAGGAGUGGGAGGCCAGGAGACACGACAUUCCCUCUGCCUGGAUGUGUGGGAAGUCCCUCCCAACUUGACUGGUGGAUCUGGGGGGGAUCCACCCCCGCCCACGAGGAAAGCACCGACUGUUUGGUGAACGGGGCUCCCGUUGCCAACCAGCUGAAUGAUGGCAACCCCAGUAGUUACCAAGACAGCCUGGAAGCUGCAGGAGAUUGUUGCCCAUGCCAGCAACGUGUCUUCACUGGUGCUGGGCAAAGGCUCCGGGCGACUGCUGGCUACUGGCGGGGAUGACUGCCGUGUUAACCUGUGGUCCAUCAACAAACCCAACUGCAUCAUGAGCCUGACAGGCCACACGUCUCCCGUGGAGAGCGUCCGCCUCAACACUCCUGAGGAGCUCAUUGUAGCCGGCUCCCAGUCGGGCUCCAUCCGCGUCUGGGACUUGGAAGCUGCCAAAAUUCUGCGCACACUCGUGGGACACAAAGCCAACAUCUGCAGCCUGGACUUCCACCCAUACGGCGAGUUUGUAGCCUCCGGAUCCCAGGACACAAACAUCAAGCUCUGGGACAUCAGGAGGAAAGGCUGUGUUUUCCGGUACAGGGGGCACAGCCAGGCUGUACGGUGUCUCCGGUUCAGCCCUGACGGGAAGUGGCUAGCAUCGGCCGCAGACGACCACACAGUGAAGCUCUGGGAUCUGACUGCUGGCAAGAUGAUGUCUGAGUUCCCUGGCCACACAGGACCAGUCAAUGUGGUAGAGUUUCACCCCAAUGAGUACCUGCUGGCCUCUGGCAGCUCUGACAGGACAAUCCGCUUCUGGGAUCUGGAAAAAUUCCAGGUGGUGAGCUGCAUCGAAGGAGAGCCGGGGCCUGUCAGGAGUGUCCUCUUCAACCCCGACGGCUGCUGCCUGUACAGUGGCUGCCAAGACUCACUGCGCGUCUAUGGCUGGGAGCCUGAACGCUGUUUCGAUGUGGUCCUAGUGAACUGGGGCAAGGUGGCCGACCUGGCCAUCUGCAACAACCAGUUGAUAGGUGUGGCCUUCUCCCAGAGCAACGUCUCCUCUUAUGUGGUGGACCUGACCCGGGUCACCAGGACAGGCACGGUGGCUCAGGACCACGUGCAGGACAGCCGGCCCCUCGCGCAGCAGCCGCCCAACCCCAGCGCCCCCCUUCGGCGCAUCUACGAGCGGCCGAGCACCACCUGCAACAAGCCUCAGAGGGUGAAACAGAACUCAGAGAGCGAGCGUCGAAGCCCCAGCAGUGAGGAUGACAGGGACGAGCGGGAGUCUCGGGCCGAGAUCCAGAAUGCCGAGGACUACAAUGAGAUCUUCCAGCCCAAGAACAGCAUCAGUAGGACCCCACCCCGAAGAAGUGAGCCCUUCCCGGCACCCCCAGAGGAUGACACAGCCACAGUGAAAGAGGCAACAAAACCCAACCCUGUCGUGGACAUCCAGUUCCCGAUGCCAAACUUCCAGGUCCCGUCCCAGCCCCCGGCAGUAUCCUCCACACCUGCACCCAAGGCUGAGCCUACCAUCAUCCCUGCCACCCGGAACGAGCCCAUAGGGCUCAAGGUCGCCGACUUCCUGCCCGCCGUGAAGAUCCCCCAGCAGGUGGAGCUGGUCGACGAGGACGCCAUGUCCCAGAUCCGCAAAGGCCACGACACCAUGUGUGUGGUGCUCACCAGCCGCCACAAGAACCUGGACACGGUGCGGGCCGUGUGGACCACGGGCGACAUCAAGACAUCAGUGGACUCUGCUGUGGCCAUCAACGACCUAUCGGUAGUGGUUGACCUCCUCAACAUCGUAAACCAGAAAGCCUCCUUGUGGAAGCUUGACCUGUGCACCACGGUCCUGCCGCAGAUCGAGAAGCUUCUGCAGAGCAAGUAUGAGAGCUACGUCCAGACAGGCUGCACCUCCCUGAAGCUGAUCCUGCAGCGGUUUCUGCCUCUGAUCACGGACAUCCUGGCAGCUCCACCCUCAGUGGGCGUGGACAUCAGCCGCGAGGAGAGGCUACACAAGUGCCGGCUCUGCUACAAGCAGCUCAAGAGCAUCAGUGGCCUCGUCAAAAGCAAGUCUGGUCUGAGCGGACGCCACGGCAGUGCCUUCCGAGAGCUGCACCUGCUCAUGGCCAGUUUGGACUGAGGAGUCCUGUGGGUGAGGGCACCCGGCAGUUCUCGGGGUACCUGUCCGUGUGCCCACUGGCUCCUGAGCCUCUGCCUGGCCCCCACUGCUGCCCUGAGUCUGUUCCAGAGGCUGCAGCAGCACGGCACUGGUCACCUCCACAGCCCCGGACUCGGAGACAACGCUCCAGUGACAGCUGCCCAGCUUUGCCCAACUUGUGCUUCUUGGGACAGCAAGUCCAGCCCUGGGACUGUUGCUGUAAUUUAUAAGGCGGAUUUUAUUAAAUUUGUAACUAUUCC